CUCCCUCCUUACCCUUCGCCUCGCCCGUCCUCGCCCGCCACCUCCCUCUUCUCUUCCCCACCAUGACGCGCACCGAGUCGCGCGCCACGACUUGCGCCUCCCAGUCCCGCGCCACGACUUCCUCCUCCCAGUCGAGCGCCGCGACUUGCUCCUCUCAGUCGAGCGCCGCGCCCUCGCACCCCUUCCUCGCCCUCGCACCCCUUCCUCGCCCUCGCACCCCUUCCUCAUCGUCGCACCCUCGCAGUCGCCGCCCGCCCCCUCUCGUCGCCUCCACGCGCACUCGUUGCCCCCGCUCCCUCCUCCCCUCGCACCCUCCGCCUCCGCACCCUCGCGCUCGCCUCCGCCCCACCCCCCUCGCGUCGUCCGCUCCACUCUCCCCACCCCCCUCCCUCCUCCCUCUCCGUCUCGCGACCUCCUCGUCUCCGCACCCGCUCGCAGCUGUUUCCACCCGUCACAUCCCUCGCCCGUCUCCGCUCCCUACUCCCCCCACCGUCCCCGUACCCGCAGCACUCCCUACUCUCCCUCCUCCCCUGCCCACCCCCCUCCCUCUCGUCAUCUCUGCGCUGCGCCCUCCCUACUGACAUCUCCACUCCCAGCCUUCGCGGACGCUCCUCUCGCCCAUUCUCCCCACCCUCCCUCUCGUUGUCGCCCUCGUCACAUCGGCACCUCCCUCUACGUCCUCCUUCUCGCAGCGCGCCAUUGGCUCCGCUGCUUCCCAUUUGCAGUCGUACCCUCCCUCCAUUUGCAGUCGUACCCUCCCUCCAAUCGCAGUCGCACCGGCGCCCUCUUACUCGUCGUGCCCAUCGCUCCUCCCCCUCGCCGGCUCAGCAACCUCCCCCGCACCCGCAGCACUCCCUACCCUCGUAGUCAUCCCUACUCCCCCCACCCCUCGCGCGCCCCCCGCUCCCGUCACGCCCUCCGUGUACGCCUUCCCUCCCUUCCCCUCCCU